GAACCAUCGAAAUGAGUUGCACAAUUGAGAAGGCCCUAGCUGAUGCCAAAGCAUUAGUGGAGCGACUAAGAGAGCAUGACACUGCAGCAGAAGCUCUCAUUGAACAAACUACCGAUCUCAACAAACGAGUGGAAGCAAUGAAACAGUACCAGGAAGAAAUUCAAGAACUUAAUGAAGUAGCAAGACAUAGGCCUCGGUCUUCCUUAGUCUUAGGUAUCCAGCAGGAAAAUAGACAGAUCAGAGAACUACAACAAGAAAAUAAAGAACUCCGAACGUCUCUUGAAGAACAUCAGUGUGCCUUGGAACUAAUAAUGAGCAAAUACAGAGAACAAAUGUUUAGAUUGCUCAUGGCCAGCAAAAAAGAUGAUCCGGGUAUAAUAAUGAAGUUAAAGGAACAGCACUCCAAGGAAUUACAAGUACACGUGGACCAAAUCACAGAAAUGGCAGCAGUAAUGCGAAAAGCCAUUGAAAUUGAUGAGCAGCAGGGUUGCAAAGAACAAGAACGUAUUUUUCAGCUUGAGCAGGAAAACAAAGGACUGAGAGAAAUACUGCAGAUCACCAGAGAAUCGUUCCUGAAUCUUAAAGAAGAUACAUCAGAAAGUACAUCUCUGUCAGCACUAGUAACAAACAGUGACUUGAGUCUGAGAAAAAAUUAAAGCUCUUACGAAGAUGAUCUGUCAUAACAGCAAAAAGUAUCAGGCAUCCCUUAUCAGAGCAGAGGUUUUCUAAUGGGCAUUGAGAAAUUAAUAUAUCCUAAAUCUGGUUUAUUCUUUUACACCGUGUAUAGUAUAUAAUACUCAGCGAUUGGUGUACGAAAAUAUCAAGUCAUUCAAAGCACAGUCAUAUACAGUAACUGAUCUAUUCCAGGACACAGUCACUGUAUUGCUGAUGUUUUUAAUCUGUUGCUUUCCUAAAUUUGAGAGGGGUUGUUUUGUAAGAACUCAGUUUUUGAGCAUUGCUAGUGUAACACUUGAAACUCUCUGCCAUAUGGGCAGGAACUUCAUUUUUAAAUACAAUUAAUUCCACACGAAUAUUAAGUAAUAGCACCUUUUUUAAGAUAAGAUUCUUUUUAAGAUAACUUCAUUGGGGAAGAUGGCAGGGCUGGUGAGAAAUUUGCUGACAUUUGUUGUUAGUGUUUAGCUCUUCUCAAAACUUAUGAACUAAAUAAGAUCAGCCAGUAAGCAAUAACAGUUGAGGGAACUUUUGCACAUUGAAGUACUUCUGAAAUAUAUUCUUUUACAACCAGUAAUUGAUGGGAGCUACUGUAGAAAAAUUACAAAAAAAAUAUUGUUUAAAUCCCUACGAAAUUUAACAGAUUUCACAUCAUGUUUGGUUAGCAUAAACAUGCAAGAACUUUUUUACCUUUCAGUAAAUCAAGAUAGUCAUUAACUUGUAUGUAAAUAACCUGAGGUUCAUAAUGUCCUUUCAUGUGAGAUACCCUGUGAAUUAAAAAAAAUGCUUAUGAAAUGCUUGAGAGUUUUUUAGAAUAUUUUUGGAGAUAACAAUUACCCACUUCUAUAAUAGGAAACACUUCGUGUUGAUAGCUUAAGCAGUGGGAUUCAGCGGUGUUCCAUGCACACAAUGCCUUUGUCCUUUUCUGCUCCUAGCUGGUGAAAUACCAUAGCCCUUUGAGAAGUUUUUCCAGAAUUUCCAGAAUGAUGUAUCAGGAAGUUGAAUAUUUGCCGUUGAAAGAAGAAACAGGAUAGUUUAUCUUUCCUAAUUUGCUUCCAUGAUGAAGGGUAUUUGGGAAUUAAGGUUGAAAUUAUAAAUGUGUCUCAUAAGAGUAAACCUUAACCUUAGAUUUUAAUAAGCGACUUUUCAAAAAUAUACCGGGAGCCACUCUUUUCAUAUAUGAGGGCAAAUAAAGCAUGGUUCUGACGUAACGACAUGGAAAAACAAGUAAAUUUGUCCUGAUAAGCUGAAUCUUUUUGAAAAUGGUCAGAUGCAUUUUUGUAAGAAGAGAUUCUAGUCUUCGGGGAGCCUGGCUGAAAAAGUAGGCCUCCCGUAGUCAUUUAUAAACCACUUAUGUUACAGUUAAGCCUAAUAAUGAAAUUAUUUCCAUUGCUCUAUUCUUUUGAGGAAUGUACAUAAAAUUAAAAAUGGAAGGGGACUGUGUUAAAUGCUCGAAUUUGCUUGGAAUAACACUUGGUGGUACAGGUUAGGAUCAAAUUUGCAUGUCUUGUUACCGGUAUAAUGUUUUUCCCAAGUUGUUCCUAGAGGUUUUGUUAAGCUCAUUAAGACUUUACCAGUGAUCUGAUUACACUGGUUGGGGAGAAUCAGAGUUCUAUUCCACCACUAUUUAAUUCUAAUUUUAAAAGGUGGCCUACUAUUAUGCUUUUUUGGUAAAUAUUUUUAGCAUAGUAGUUCAUUCAAACAUUAUAGUACAUAUUUAGUCAACAAAUAUUUUUAGCUGAACUCUAGAUGUACAUUCUAGAUAAUUUUCAUAUCUGGCAUUCCAAUCUUAAAAUACUUUCCACAAAUUAUUUAUAUUAAUGCCAAUAGUUUUCAAAAAUGAGCUGCUCAAAAUACAUUGAUAAUUUCAAUAUUCAGACGUUUAUAUCUAUAUCCAGUUUAUUAAAUACCUCAGUAAAAAGGAAUUUAUUCAUAAUUUUUGCUUAGAAAGAUGAAAUCUAACUUUACAAAACAAACUGUAGACAAAAGAUCUAUUAGGCUGAGCACAAGAAUUUGUAUAACAUGUUUUCCUUCUCUGGACAAGAAUUUCUCAGAUGUGUAUCCCCCUUUGUAAAUUCUAGCAUAUGUUUGUAAAUAGGAGUUCACAAAAAAUUAUUUUCUUGAUAUUUGGUGUGUAAAGUAAAAACUAUCUGUUGUGCAAUUGAUACAGCACUGUCAAAAUGCAGUCUUCCUCAGAACCUUACUCUGUAAAUGUGGAAACUUUCCAGUUUGUGAAAUAGAUGUCAUUAGCUCACCAAUAAUUAUUUAUGGAAGCAUGCUUGAAAAAUGUAUGUGUAACUUAUUGUGGUCAUGUAGUUGAAACCUUCAUUUGUCAAAGUGCGUACCUCCCAAUUACUUUUCCUAGUGUGUGGCAUGGCCAUUUUCUAUCUCAUUUUUGUAUUGCAAAUGCUUGAAAUGACCUUAUUGGUGAGAAUGCGUUCUGUACAGUAAACUUAUUUUUACCAGUAAA